GCCUUUGACCGCUGGAUUUCUCAGCAUCAUGUUGCUACUACACCAAUCUUGCGCCAUGAGGGCUGCCUCCACGGCACCCAGAGUCAUUCAUUCAUAUAGAGGACGACGGAAGAGCUGCUGGAGGGACCUUGACCUCGAUUUCGUCAUUUUGAUCAUCCAAGAAAGAACGCUAGGGAAACAACAGAUCCAUUAGUCUAUCUUUCCUCAAAACUUUCUUUUACUCUAGCCCUCCCAUUCAUUCCUCAUGGCGACCCCUGAAGAAGUAGAAACCGCAUCCCCCCUUACAAGCAGAGGAGCAUCCUACACGCCCUCCGAGAUCGAGCGGCUCGGCCGUGAGCGCCCCGAAGCCUUCAAGUCCAUCUGGGUAGAACUAGGCUUCUGCUUCUCGCUCCUCUUCUCCAUGUUCAUCGCCGAGUAUUUCAUCUCUGGAUUCAACGUGCUCCUGCCCGCGCUCUCAGAAGCCCUCCACAUCCCCCCGCAGGCGGAGACAUGGCCCGCCAGCGUAUUCUCCCUGGUCACCGGAGCGUUCCUGCUGCCGUUCGGCAGACUCGCCGACAUGUUCGGCGGAUACGUAGUCUUCGUCUCCGGCCUGGCUUGGUUCGUCCUGUGGUCCAUAUUCGCAGGCUUCAGCAAGAACUACAUCAUGCUCAUCUUCUGCCGCGCGUUGCAGGGUUUCGGACCCGCGGCUUUCCUGCCCUCUGGGAUCAUGCUCCUGGGUAGCAUCUACCGCCCAGGCCCGCGGAAGAACCUCGUCUUCAGUCUCUACGGUGCCUUCGCCCCCGUCGGCUUCUUCGCGGGGAUCUUCUUCGCCGGCCUCUCUGCGCAGCUCGUCAGCUGGAGCUGGUACUUCUACUUCGGGAGCAUCAUGCUGGCCAUCGUCGCCGUGGCGUCUUUUCUCUGCAUCCCGUCGCAUCGUGAAGACGACAAGCGGCGGGUCAAGAUGGAUUGGCUGGGCACUACUACGGUUGUCCCGGCGCUUAUUCUCAUCGUGUUCGCGCUUACAGAGGGUUCGCAUGCACCGAGCGGCUGGGCGACGCCGUAUAUUCCCGUUACUUUUGUGGUCGGGUGCGCGCUCCUGGCUGCGUUUGUGUAUGUGGAGGGGUGGGUGGCGGAGCAGCCGCUGUUGCCGGGGGAUAUGUUUAAUGUUAAGGGGAUGAAAGCGCUAUCCGUGGCGCUGUUCCUCCAAUACGGGACGUUUGGCAUCUACAUCUUCUAUGCGAGCUUUUACAUCGAGCAAGUCCUGCACGCCUCGCCGCUUCUAACAGCCGCCUGGUUCGCGCCGAUGUGCACGCUCGGCCUUAUCCUCGCCACAGUCGGCGGCCUCAUCUUACAUCUCCUGCCGGGCACUGUGCUCCUCCUCAUAAGCGGCAUCGCCUAUGUCGUCUCCGUGCUCCUCUUCGCCAUCAUCCCCACAGACCCAAACUACUGGGCCUAUAUCUUCCCGGCGAUGAUCUGCGCGACGCUCGGCAUCGACGUCACCUACAACGUCAGCAACAUCUUCAUCACGACGUCGAUGCCGAAGGCGCGGCAAGGACUCGCCGGCGCGUUCAUCAACUCGAUCCUCUUUCUGGGCAUUUCGUUUUUCCUAGGGUUUGCGGAUCUAGCGGUUACGCAGACGGCGGACCGUGGGCAGAGAGGGAGCUAUAAGGUUGCGUUUUGGCUGGGGACGGGGAUCGCGGCUGCGGGGCUGGUGGUGAUGUGCGCGGGGGUCAAGAUUGGGAAGGCGAAGAGUGAGCUUACGGUUGAGGAGAAGGAGGAGCUAGAGAGGGAGUUGACGAGGAGGGAGAGUCAGCAGUAACCAAGGAGCGAUAGCGCUUCAAUGAGUAGACGAAAUGAGACAUG